AUGAAAGCAGGAUGCCUGAUUCUCACGGGAGUGAUUCUUGUAGCCAUAAUGGCAGUUUGUGUCAUGGUGAAGUUCGCCACGGAGAUCCAAGUCGAGGAGAAGAUAAGGGAAGAUUUCCCUGGCCAGGGCAUCUUCAAGUUCUCCAAAUCCAUGGGCGUCAUCGCUCUUAACGAAAACUCUUCUCUAGUCAUGUCUGAGAGGUUUCCGUACGUCGCAGCGAUUACCAGAAACUACUCUAACACCUGGACUUUCGCCUGUUUCGCCAGCAUCAUCUUGGUCAAGUGGGUGGUGACUUCGGCGCAUUGUCGAAAAGCUGGUUCCAGCCACCGCGUCCUUCUAUACCACGACUUCGUGAGGAACUAUACUCAUACGUAUCCCAUCAUGUUCUGGAGGAUCCACGAGCAGUUCAACAGUACCGAGGGUACUCCGAAGUUCGACAUCGCUGUGGCGAAGCUGAACAUGAUCGAAGCUCACCCUGUUACGAUGAAGUCUUCGAUAUUCGAUGAACUGCCAGCAUCUGAUGUGGAGGCCAGCGUUUGGAAGACAGUCUCGACUAUGGACAAGAGAUUGUUUCUAACGAAUGAUUUUGACAAGUUCAGCGUGAAGAUUGCUCACGAAAGUCGGUGCUACGAAAGUUAUGGAGUCUUUUUAGAUGAUAGCAUGUUUUGUCUAGAUGUUUCCGACUAUGAAGACUGCUUCGUCCAUGAGUUUGGGCCUGUGUACUCUGGUGAUAAAGUACUAGGCAUAAUAGCUCUUAAACCAAGGGAAUGCGAGAUGAAACUUGCAAUCUUCACAAACGUGUCCUAUUAUACCAACUGGAUAUUGAAAACGACAAAAACAUCUUUGUACGGAUGA